UAAACACUUGCUUCAUCUAUUGUUUUCUUUAAUUGUUUUACUUUUUCUAAUUUUCCAAAAAAAUAUUAACUUAUUGAAUGAUGGAGACGUGGAAAAUAGCUAUUAUAACAAUAAUAGCCAUUUAUUACUGUACACAAGUUAAUUUUGUUGCUGGCUUGGAAUGUUAUGUUUGCUCCAAUCAGACGGGCAAUGUGGAAAAGUGUUUGAAUACGAUAAAAACCUGUGAACCAGGUGAAGAUGUCUGUGGCACUGAAAUACGUUGGGGAAGUCAGCCUUAUUUCUCUCAAGGAGCCCUUAAACAAUAUUACGUUUCGAAGCGUUGCAUGACCAAAUCGAUGUGUCAAGCGAAACGUAGACGUCAUAUGCCCUAUUGCACACAUAUUUGGUAUGAAGAUUGGUCUUGUCACGAAUGUUGCCAGGGCGAUAGAUGUAACUACUUUGUAAUUAGCGGAUCUACAAAAUUACAGAUGCAUUUAUUGACAACAGUUGCUGUGAUAGCAUUUUCUCUAUUCAUAGCCAUUAAACGACAAUAAAUUUAAGAUACUAUCCUGUAGAGACAGGAUAACAAAGUCUUGUAUCAUUUUUAUACAUUAGCCUAAAAACGCAUCUUCAAAAAUAAUAUAAUUUGUAUACAAUUGACCAAGAAUCUCUCAGCAUUCCACUAUGAUUUGAUGCAUAGUUUUUAAUACAAAAUAUAUACAUUUAAACUAUUGUUUUUUUGUUAUACAGAAUAGACACAUAUAAAGUCUAACAUGUUUAACUAUCCGAAAAAGUGACCUUACUUUACAAAUCGAAUAUAUUUUUUUGUAUGUAGUGUAAGUUUUGUAUUUUAUUUUAAUUAUCUCAAAUUGUUUAAUAUUUACAUUCCGUCCAUUAUUGUAAUUAGAGAAUUGUAGUAUAUUUUUAUACACAAUAAAAUAAACAUAUAAUUAAAAAUAAAUCAAA